ACUAGCGUAGGCCUAUACCUACUGAUGACUUAGUCUCUAAUAUCAAAAAAAAAAAAAAAAAAAAAAAGCUGGACCGUCGUAAUGGAGUGAAGAUGCUUGUGAUUCACACUGGGAGGGAUUGGUUUUACACCCAACAUUAGCGGUGAUACCAGCUGCGCCUCAUUGGCCUUUCAAAGGGAAGCGCUUGAGUGAUUGGCUGAGGAGUUGUCCACAGAACUGAUUCCUUUGGCUGAUUGGCUAAUGGUGGCCUUAACUCCCGUCUUCCUCUCUCUUUCUCUCUCUCUCCUUUGCCGUGUGGGCCUGUUGCUUAGCAACCUACUUGCUUCUCUUUGCAACAGGCUACCGGCUUGCACCUGGGGAGCAAAGACGUCCAUCUCACACUUAACACCUUUCACGCCCACUUCACGUACCAUUAAUCAUGAGGUUGUCACAGGUGCUCCUGAAAGUCUGCUUUGAAUGUGGGCGGUGGGUUGGUAUUGAAGAAACACACUGAGGACAAAAAAAAAAAAAAAAGUGCCCAUAAUUUCCUUCUGGUGGUCCUCUUAUUACAGAGGCAGAGAAGAAAAGAAAAACACUAUAUUUUGGACGUGUUCAACAUUCUAGGACUCUAGAAAGCAAGCAACUUAUUUCAGUGAACUAUGUGUUAAUUCGGGAGAGGCGGAUAACCUUAGACACCUGACAGUGAACGGAGACAUUUGCUUGACCCUUCGCUGCCUUAUAAUGCACAGCAGAGCCCAUAUUCUGCUAAAAAGAGAUCUCCAAGAGUUGAAGACGAACAGUUACAAGGGUAUCAGUGCCUUUCCUGUGACUGACAAUAUGAUGGAAUGGGAAGCUAGUAUUGAAGGGCUACAGAAUACAAUUUGUGAAGGAUUAUCCUACCAAGUGACAAUACAUUUCACAUCAGAAUACAAUUUUGUCCCUCCUACUGUGAAAUUCAUAACGAUUCCUUUUCAUCCAAAUGUAGACACACAUUCCGGUCAGCCCUGCAUUGACUUCUUGGAUAACCCUAAAAUAUGGUCUACAAGAUAUACAUUGGGCAGUAUUCUACUUGCCCUACAGGUUAUGCUUUCAAAUCCAGAGCUAGAAAAUCCAGUGAAUCUGGAAGCAGCGAAAGUGCUGACUAGCACUGAACCUACAUACAGAUCAAUAAAUCUCAGACUCUGUGAGCAGUCAUUAUCAUUGAGAAAGGAGACCUCUACAGGAUUUCAGAGCUCUGGGAAACAGUCCAAAUUUAUUAAAGAAGUCUCAUUUCAUAAUUACUACAAAACAUGGAUUGGAAUAGCCACAUCAAAAUCCUCCACACAUGAAAAGACUCUAUUGCUUAAGAGACCAACUUUUAUUAAGGAGUAUUAUAAGCUGAAAACAUUGGGACAAAAACAUCCUGAAAAUUUGAAUUUAAAAAUAUGGGCAGCAGAGAAGAUUUUUAUCAAGCAAAGUUUGAAGGAGUAUCACUAUUUUUUAUUUUCCAUCAAGGCACAUUUUGAGUUUCGCUUUGGAAUUAAUGAAACUUGUUUAGAAUAUCAGGUUAAUUUUGCUUUGACAUGA